AAUCACUAUCAUUACGGAAUCGUCGGAGUUGGGACCCCUCCACGAUACUUUAGAUUAAUGCUCGAUACUGGGUCACCGAUUUUAUGGAUACCCAGUAAGAGGCUCGUGCAACAGCAACCGAUCCUUCAGGCGUCGUACAAUCCGUUCGCUUCAUUGUCGCACGUAUUCACGUAUAAAUCGGUUUCUCUUCAAUAUGGGAACUACAAGGCGAACGGCGAAAUUUUCUCGGAUCUUGUGCAAAUUAAUGGUCGAUCGUUUCGCACAGAGUUUUCUGCCAUGGAUAGCAUAAAAGGCAGCGUGGGACAACUGUACACAAUUGACGGGCUACUCGGACUUUCGAUAAAACAAUAUCAUGAACAGCUACACACAACUUCACUGGAUGAUAUGUUCUCCCAAACUGUCGUUUCACGGCGCAUGUUUACCUUUAUCUUUAAAAAAGGUGGGACAUCUGGGACCGUCAUCUUUGUGGAAUUCACGAAGCAACAUAUUCCGGGAAGAGUAAGCUAUGUUCCUCUAAUUUGGAAGGCCGGAAGGAAAGACGAAUGGAUAAUCAAGAUAACAAGGCGAGUCGCAAUUCAAUGUCUUAGGUUCUUCCAAUCCUUUUUCACAAAGGAAACCACUCAUAAGGUUGCUGAAAUAUUUUCCACAGCCCACGACCGGUUUUGCCCUUCUUCGGGCUUAUCCGGUAGGCGCAGUCCCCGAGUUUCCGUCAACCUUGUUAUCACGUUGAGAGAUGGCACCGUCUUAGUAUCGGAUCUUUCAGCCUUGACUGACACUGGAGCGUACAAAACCUAUUUACCGACAUUAUUUGUGAAUAAUCUUUUUGCUGGUGUCUGGAAACAAAUGGUUUUGGGCACUCACGAUGUACGAUGUGACGCGAGGUAUCUAAUGCCAACCCUACUGGUAAAUCUCAACGGCCAUCAACUAAAAUGGGAACCGAACCAUUAUAUUGGGCAGCUCGAAAUAGGACGGUGUCAGCCAUUGUUUGAAGGUUUGGACCUACAUUCGGCAUACAAUGCAAUCAUUGGCCUCUCAUUUCUGCGGCAUUUCGCCGUGGUAUACGACGUGGAUAAUGAACGAGUUGGAUUCGCCGAACCGAUUUGA